UCGAGACAAUCGACUAAAACAUCUCGGGCUCGCCCAUCACUACUUUUGACAUUUUCGUUGGUUCCCAUUUAAAUAACCAAAAACUUGAUUUCAACAGAAUUGAAUCGUAUAAAAGCUUCAAGAAAACACAAAAGAGGAUGAGCAAGAAUUGCUUUCAAAUACCUGAAUCAUGUAAAUCGCGUUAUGUAAACGCAGCGUCAUUCCCCUUUUGUUAUAUACCAACCACAUUUUAUCAUGGGUGUCCCGGACACUGAAAUUCUUGCAGGGCUGGUUUUUGAACAGUUUAACCUCUUACCAAAAACCGGGAAGCCUGCUGCCAACGAAUGGACUGUCUUGUCGGCGGUCCUGCUCCAUAAUGCCACCGAAGAAAAAACCAAUGUUGUAACAAUAGGAUGUGGCACGAAGUGUAUAGGUAAAAGUAAGCUUUGCAAUAGUGGGUUGAUCUUGAACGACUCACACGCUGAAAUUCUAGCAAGACGAGCAUUCCUGCGCUACAUAUACCAUCACUUGAAAAAAGCUUUACGAUCAAAACUAGUAAAUGAUGACUGUAAUUUUGAAUGGAAUGCCGAAAAUGUAGCAUUCCGACUACGACCAAACCUUAGUUUUCAUUUUUUGAGCACCCAAACACCUUGCGGGGAUGCCUGCAUCUUGGAUGAGAAACAAGUGAGCACCGUUGCACUUCAUAGGAAUGAAGAUGAUGACGGAGCAGCUGUUGCUAAACAGCGAAAAGUUUAUUACGAAAACGCAAAUAAAACAUCCAACUUUGCUGAUAACGUAGGGUCCACUUUGGAUUCUUCUGUCGGUAGUCUUGUCUACACUGGUGCAAAACUUAUCGGCUUAGGUGUUCAGCAGGAUGCUAUGCAGCAAAACAUUGGCGCCAUGCGCACAAAACCCGGACGUGGCGAUCGCACACUUUCCAUGUCUUGCAGCGAUAAGCUAGCACGUUGGAAUGUGCUUGGCGUACAGGGAGCGCUGCUGGAUGCGCUACUUGUUGAACCUAUUUACUUCAAGUCCCUUAACUUUUGUGGUAUCCCUCAAAACGAGCUAGCUAUAAGACGUGCCAUAUGUGGUCGUUUUGUUGAUAGAGAGUUUCAUACCAGCAGGUUUAAGAUUCAAAAUCCGGAUAUAAAUUUCGCUGAAGCGGUUGUAUUUGACUAUGCAGCGAAUAUCAACAGACAGAACCCAUCGCCUACCGGACUAUCCUGGUGCAGCAUUGAUCAGAAUUUAAGACCUUAUGAAAUAUCCGUGAAUGGUAUGCGACAAGGCGUUACCAGAAAAAAGGUGAACACCCCACAGGCCGCUCUUAAAAUUUCCAAAUAUCAUCUUAUAAAUGAGUUUGUGGCGCUUUUGAGGAUAGAACCAAAGUUGAUACAAAAAUUUCAAAUCGAUCCUAAUAAGCUAGCCGAAAUGAAAUACAAUCAAUAUAAGCAGCUAGCAAAAGAAUAUCAAAGGGCAUGGACACUGGCAAAGCAGGAGUACUUCCAACAAUGGACUCAAAAACCAGCAAGUUUGUUGGAAUUUUGUUUGAUGGCAGAAAAAACGUGACGCUAACUAAAUAUCAGUUUUUAGUAGUUCGGACUCUUUUAAUAAUAAUAAUGCUUAGGCGCUUACACUUUUGCUAAGUGAUUGGCCGAACUUCUCCAUUUUGUGGUGUUCGUCUUGAUUUUAUUACACAAACCCAGUGUUACACCACCUCCGAACGACAAAAUGGAUUUUAUGAGAAGUUUUUGCAUGAUAGAAAUUAAUUAUUAAUUAUAUACCAUCGUGUACCGCGUAUAGCUAAGACAGAAACACACACUUUUAAGUGAAUUAUUUUUUAAGUUAUUUAUUUGUAUAUAUGUAUAUAGGAUGUAUAGUAUAUAUGCAUGUAUGUAAUAAUAUAUUGGUGAUUUUUAUACUACUGUUUAAAGAAUAUUUAUGUACACAUUAUGUUAACCUUCAUGCCGACAUUGGAUUUUCUUUUUCAAUUAAGUAAGCGAAACAGUUUGCAAUAAAUUUAAAAACGAAUAUUUAGAUUUUAUAAUUUUAUUCAUUUUUAAGUACAAAUUACUCUGAUGUGUUAUGUUAAUUAAUAUGUAUAUAUGUAUGUAGGUACACAUAGAUUAUAUUUUUUUUCUUUUCAAAGGGUAAACGUAAUUAUAUUUUUGAACUUUUGUUUUUAAUCAAUGCAAGGGCCAUAAUGACAAAUUUUAAUAUGGCGAUUAUAGGUUAAGCUGUCGACAAUAAGAAGUUUCACAUAGACGAAUAUUACGUUCAUAGCGUUAAAGACGCUACGGCGGGUUGUUCGAACUAUGCCAAUAUACAUAUCGCACACCUAUGUACAUAUAAAAAAUCAAUUUAUAGGACUCACAUCCAAUUAAUGGAAGCUUUUUUUCUUCACGAUUAUAUACAUUAAC